AUGGAAGAGGAAGCGAACCGGUUAGCCUCUUUUUUCAAUCAGAGCUAUCAGUGGCCUCAUAGCUCGAGUACACAUCCGAAUUGUACUCCUGAAUUAUUGGCAGCUGCUGGUUUUUAUUAUGCUCCAACGGAAGGAUUUUUAGAUUUGUGUAAAUGUCAUUAUUGUGGACUACGAUUGAGAGAUUGGGAGACGACUGACAUUCCGUGGGAAGAGCAUAAAAAACACAAACCAACAUGUUCAUUUGUAACAAAACAUUUCAAGACAUCGGACGAAGACGAUGAAUUAGGUUUUAAUUUAUUUGGAGAUGAACCACCUGUGUCAUCCACACCAACUUCCACUAUUCAAACAACGCCAUCAUCCUCAAAUAACACCACCACCGAAGAGUUCGUGACAGAAGAAAUGCAUCUCCGAGGUCAAUUUGUUUCCGAUGUUCUGUACUCUCUCAUUAAUCCACAAAACGAUUGGAAUUUUGAUUUUGAACUGGUCUCGCCAUCGACAGAUUCCAAUAACAUUGCCAUCAAAUUGGAACAUCAUGUGUAA